AUGAUGAUUAACACUAUUAUUGAUGAUGAACGCUCAAUGACUUCUUCACCAUCCAUUCUUUCCAAAUCAUGUUCAAGUGAAAACUUUUUGCAUAAUCACAAUAGUGUAUCAACCAUCAACAAUAAUAGAAACAUUGAACAACAAUCUGUUAGAAAUCCAAGUAAUUCAACCUGGUCAUUCUCCAAUUUCCUAACUCAAUUCAAUAUGACUAAUGCAUCUGGUCAAUCAAAGCAACAAGCACACUCAACUGUUCAAUUCGUCCAAAGACCAACGACUUCGGUCACAACUUUGGAAGAUGUUGUCCUCGUUGACUUCAAUCAUUUGCCUGAAGAAAUUCUUCAACACAUUCUCUACUAUUUUACAAGAGAAGAACUCUUGUUGUGUACUUGUAGAAUCAACUCUACCUUCUACAGAUUGUCAACCAAUAGAGAAUUGUGGUGGCAUCACACUUUUGUGAAUAAUCCAAACUAUAUUCACAAAUCUAAAUCUGAUUCUGAUUUUUGCAGUCAAUAUGUAGAACCAUCCAGUACUGUCAUGUAUAGCAGCUCUUACAUGAAGAGAAUUCAACACAUUUUCAAAGUUUCAACCGGCUGUCAACAAUCUCCAAAGCAAGUUUACAAACUCAUGUCUAUCAAUCCACAUUGUGAAAAAGAUUCCAUGAUGAUUGAUGAAUUCAGUGGUGUGAAGAAGAUUCUAUCACCUGAACUUCAACUCAAUCUUCACUCAAGCACUCCAAAGAUUACAACCAUUGAUUGUAUCAAUUAUUUCCUCGAAGAAAAGCUCACCACUCAAAAGCCAAGAGUUUCCAAAUCUUCCAAAAAUUCCAACUCGAAUCAAAUCGUAUCUGAAGAUGCCUCAUUGACCAAUUCAUUGAAUGGAAUCAUCACUGGUGAUACUCAAUCAGAUAUUGCUGCAUCCAUCACUGAUUAUUUCUUUGGUAGUUUGGGAGGUGAAUGGGCCCCUGUGCCUCCACAUAAAAUCUUCCCUCGUUACAGACAUACCAUGACUGUAAUUCCAUCCAAUAGUGCCACUCCAAAUGUAAUGAUCAUUGGUGGUAUUUUGAAUCCAAGGCAAAUGCAUGCAGACUCACCAGAGAAACAAGGAAUCUACACCAUGAAUGCCAUGUUUGUUCCUGGAAAGUGGAAUUUCGAAGUGCCAAAGAAUCAUGAAGUUGGUUGUCAGAGAAUUUCAGCUGAAGAACUCGUAGCUAAAGAAGAAAUUCCAGUUUCCAAUUGCAAUCUUCCUCAAAUGUUUGGUAAGCAUUCUGCUGUUUAUGCUCCAUCCAUCAGAUCGGUUGUUGUUUUUGGUGGUGCAUACGAAGAUUCGAAUGUGUCCAACGACUUGUACGUGGUCAAACUCACUGACGAAUAUUUCAAUUCCAGAUUCUGCUCUUCACACUCCUCAUUCAAACAAAGACCAACAACAUCCACUACCACAACAAGUAAUAGCAGCACGAGAUAUCACAACCAAAGAAGAAUGUCCACCUCAAGAAGUGUUCCAUCCCAAUUGAAUGAAUUGCAACAAGUUGAGCCACCUUCCAAUAAUAAGGUCUUGUUCGAUUGGAAAAAGAUUGUUUGCCCAAAUACCAAGUCAACCAAAAUUGAAUGGCCAGCUCCAAGAACUAAUCACUGCUCAGUCAUGAUCAAUGAUCGUACCAUGAUUGUUAUUGGUGGUGGUAUUGGACCUAACAUGAUUCCAACCAAUGAAGUUUGGUGUUUGGAUGUUGUUACAAUGAAAUGGACAAACUUGACCUCAAUCUUGGAAAAGAAUAAGGAAUCUGACACAUUCACUCCAAGACUUGGUUUUGCAGCAACUCUUGUCAACCAACACUCCAUUGUUUGUUAUGGUGGAGGAUAUUGGGUUCAAAAUAAUGCAAACGACAAGUAUUGGAGAGAAUCUUACAAUGAUGUCUUUGUCUUGGAUUUGCAAUUGAUGAAAUGGACAAAGAUGCAAACUUCUGGUGACGGUCCAACAGCUGGCACAUUCCCAUCCUUCUCACCUUCAUUGAUUGGUACUCAUUGGUAUAUUAUUGGUGGUGGAAUGCUUUGGGAUGUCUCUUCGAGCAUUUAUCAACUCAAUACUGUGAAUUGGACUUGGUCGAAAGUUGGCGAAAGUUUUGGAGCUGACAGCAGUUGUCUUGUCAACUUGACAAUGUAUCAAGGCAAGAAUAAGGCACAAACCAAACUAAUUCAUUGUGGCGGUUACAGAUACGAACCACUCCUAGAUGCCAAAGUCUUCUCAGUCAACUGGAAAGACGAAAUGGACAAAUUAAGAAUGGAUUCCAUUAAGAUUGAACACAACCCAACCAGAAAUCGUAGAAACUCUACACUCUUCCUCAAAUAA